CAUGCCUCGUUCUUCCGGCGUUGCGAAUGUGCGUUUCUUAAAUCGUCCGCUGUUCUGGUUUAGAAGGCCAAAUAGCGACAACUCGCGCACAGGUUCAGGCGGGAUGUCUGCGGCGCUACGUGUCCUCUACUCAGUGUCCCGGCCAGGCUCUUUCAUAGCUGGCCACAACCUUGUGCGUCCUCUCAGUUUAUCUGCUCACAGGGAGGGGUUCAAAUAUGUGAAUGCUCAGGAACUCCCCACAGAUAUGAAGUCCAUCACAGACCGAGCUGCCCAGACUCUACUGUGGACGGAGUUGUUUCGAGGUUUGGGAAUGACCAUGAGUUAUUUAUUCCGUGAGCCGGCCACGAUUAACUACCCAUUUGAAAAGGGCCCACUGUCCCCACGUUUUCGUGGAGAGCAUGCCCUGCGUAGAUACCCCUCUGGAGAGGAGCGCUGCAUCGCCUGCAAGCUGUGUGAGGCCAUCUGCCCGGCUCAGGCCAUCACAAUUGAGGCAGAGCCUCGUGCUGACGGCAGCAGGCGGACAACACGUUAUGACAUCGAUAUGACAAAAUGUAUCUACUGUGGGUUCUGUCAGGAGGCCUGCCCUGUGGACGCCAUCGUAGAGGGGCCUAAUUUUGAGUUCUCCACAGAGACCCAUGAGGAGCUGCUCUAUAACAAGGAGAAGCUGCUCAAUAAUGGAGACAAAUGGGAGGCUGAGAUCGCUGCCAAUAUUCAGGCUGACUACCUCUAUAGAUAGACAGACUGUCUUUCUUUUGUAUAAACAUUGACUGACUGAACCUGGACUGACUCACCUUCAGCUUUAGAAAUCUGUGGAUCAGUGUUGAGUGGCCCAAAAGUAUUGUAACACGUAUUCCAUUGUGGUGUGAUUCAUCAUUUUAAAUACACUAAUGGUUUAAGACUUAAUGCUGCAGUACUUUUGGGACACUCCACCUUCAAAGUACUACAUGUCUUAUCAGUUAAUUCUUCCACGUUGUGAAAUCUGAUAAAACCAUGGCACUUGUGUACUGCACAUCAGUACAAAACCAAGACACACUGACUGACUGACUGACUGACUGACUCACAUACACCCUCGCCCUUACUGUCCAGAUGUGCUCACUGACCUCACAGACACAGACACAUGCGGCAUACACACUCUGCCAUAAGCUCGUCUCGGAGUGAGACAUCAAAUGAGACGUUUAUUAUAGGCUGAAAUUUUAAACACUUCCUUUUACUCCAGCGAGUCAGCAUGUUUUAAAGGAACAGUUUGACCACACAUGCUAACAUGGCUAAUGGUGAGUGGAAUCUGGUAGAUGCCUGUUACCUUGUCAUUUACAUCAUUUUCUUUUAUUCACUGUUAGAAACAUGACCAAACUGUUCCUUUAAUACAAAAAUGUACAUGAAGUACAAAGACUACAAACCAGACAGGUAGUUGUACAAAAAUGGGUGAUGCACCACUGCUUGGUCGAAAAGUGAGCUUUUCAUUUCAAUACAACCAACACUUCCUGCCAUCUCUGUCCCUUUGUUUUCUUCCCCUUCAGUCUGUCCAUCUGGAGGAUAAAACCAACAUAAGAUGUGUUGCAGUAUGAAACCAUUCGACACGCGAGUUGAGUUACUCUUGCAUUAUGCCAUAUACAAAGACAGAUGGGUUUGUGUGUCAUUGAGAACUGUAUAAAUACUUGUGGACCCUAAAUAAUGAAUAAAUUAAUGCUCUGUCCAAGCGUUG